AUGGUCCGUUGUCGCCUACAGCCUAACCUACAGAUUCCCCGAAUUAACGCAGGAAGUGGGAGAUGUGACACUUCUCUUCUCCUUCUCUACCCAACCACAACCUCAACAAACAACACCAUGUGUGGCAGCUACUACGGAGGCUGUGGCUAUGGAGGCUGCGGUUAUGGAGGCUGCGGUUAUGGAGGCUGCGGCUAUGGAGGCUGCGGCUAUGGAGGCUGCGGCUAUGGAGGCCUGGGCUGUGGCUAUGGCUCCAGCUAUGGCUGUGGCUUCCGCAGACUGGGCUGUGGCUAUGGCUGUGGCUCUGGCUGUGGCUACGGCUAUGGCUCCCGCUCUGUCUGUGGCUAUGGAUGUGGCUCCGGCUACGGCUCUGGCUUUGGCUGUUACUAACUGAGGUCGCCAUGGGAGACUGGCACCCUCCACACCUGGACGUGGGAUUCACCAGUUCGGAGCCCCACACGUUCUGAACUUUGCUGAAGACUUGCCUUCUGGAGCCCUUCCGGUCGGAUACAGCAAUCUUUUUCCUUCCUGUAUUUAACUCAUGAGAAGUGGGAGCAUGUGAAACUCAUCCUGAGAACUGUGUGGUCUCUCCUUGGAAUGAAGCUGCCACAGAUCCUCCCUCCUGAUGUUCAUGCAGGAACCAUUUCUCUAAUUUCCUAAUAAACUCAUUCAGU